AUGUUCAAGCAGUAUGAAUAUAUACCAACCAACUAUGUGUUGGACACUUCGCACGAGACCAGCUCGGAGAAGACUCCCUCCCUAACACUCCUCUCUAACGGCAAAAAUAGCCACGAAACAUGCAAUUUCAUAUUCGAAGCCCUGCGUCCAAAUGUGUUUCGCACCACUUUCACAACCGCCCAACACUUAUUACCACCACAUCCCAGCGCAGAGCGUCCGGAACCUACCCUUGGGGGUGUUACUCCCGAGAUCAAUGUUAACGUGAAUAAAUGUUCUCAAACUAUAAAACUUGGAGACGUCAAAAUUGAUAUUAAUUGGUCAAACACACCAGUUGUCUCUCUCUUCCUGGAUGACCAGCAGAAGCCGAUCCACCGUGACCUGGAAUUCCGAUCGUACGCUGUGGAUGGCUCCGGCAUUGCUCAUUACACGACUUACGAGCCGGAUAGUCUGCAUGUUGGACUCGGAGAGAAGGCCGCACCAAUGAAUCUCAGUGGUCGGGGGUUUAAUAUAACAGCAAGUGAUACCUUUGGAUACGAUGCUUACCGGACGGAUCCCUUGUACAAGCACAUCCCUCUACUGAUCAACGUCACUCCCAAUGGCUGCGUGGGCAUUUUCUCGACUUCUCAUGCCCGAGCGACUUGGGCUGUUGGAUCCGAAUUAGAUGGAAUGUGGGGUCAUUACAAGGUCUACCGGCAGGCUCACGGUGGGCUUGAAGAGUAUCUCAUCGUUGGGAAGACAGUGGCAGACAUUGUUCGAUCUUAUGCCGAACUGGUAGGCUUUCCGUUGCUCGUACCUCGGUACAUGAUGGGCUACAUCGGCGGCGGCAUGAAAUAUACCAUGGAAGACUCUCCGCGCGGAUGUGAAUCUAUCCUCAACUUUUUCAAGAACUGUGAAAAACAUGGUAUGCCGUGCUCAGCUUUCCAGAUGAGCUCGGGAUAUACGGUGGCCGAAACCGAGCCCAAGACCAGGAAUGUUUUUACUUGGAACUAUCACCGUUUCCCAAAUCCGCGGGAAUUCACACGCGAGUCCCAUAAGCAUGGUGUUCGUCUUCUGGCGAACGUUAAGCCAUAUGUCCUCGCAAAUCAUCCAGCGUAUGCAGAGCUUUCGAAGUCCGGUGCUUUCUUCAAGGACCCGAAUACUUCAAAUACUGCAGUCGCGCGACUUUGGAGCGCCGGAGGAGGAGAGAGCGGAGAAGGCAGUCAUCUUGACUUUACCUCUAAGGCGGGAUACAACUGGUGGUACAAUGGAGUGAAGGCCCUUAAGGAGGUUGGGAUCGACGCUAUGUGGAAUGAUAACAACGAAUACAAUCUCCCCAAUGACGAUUGGCAAUGCGCUCUCGAGACUGUCACCGUACCGCCUGGUGAAUCUCGUAAGAAUGUCGGACUCUGGGGUAGAGCGCUACAUACCGAGCUCGUGGGGAAGAGUUCUCAUGAUGCGACAAUCGAAGCUGAACCCGAGGUUCGUCCAUUUGUUCUCACACGUAGCGCAACAGCAGGUACCAUGCGAUAUUGCGCCAGUUCGUGGAGUGGCGACAACGUAACAAGUUGGGAAGGGAUGAAAGGUGCAAAUGCGUUGGCGUUAAACGCAGGUUUCUCUCUACUCCAGUGCUAUGGCCAUGAUAUUGGCGGUUUUGAAGGUCCUCAGCCGACGCCAGAGCAUCUCGUUCGUUGGAUACAACUUGGCAUCCACUCACCACGGUUCACUAUCAACUGCUACAAGACCAAUCCCGACGAUAAUCUUAUAGGAGAUGUCAUUGAGCCGUGGCAAUAUCCGUCCGUGACGCCAAUUAUUCGAAAGGCGAUGCAGCGUAGAUACGAGUUAGUGCCGUAUACGUACUCCCUCAUGCUGAAGUCCCAUCGAGAGGCAAUUCCGCCUCAACGAUGGACCGGCUGGGGUUAUGAGUCUGAUCCUACAGUUUGGACUAAGGAGAUCCUCAAUGGAGACUCGCAAUACUGGUUCGGGGAUGCUCUGCUCAUCGCAGGCGUCUAUGAACCCGGGGUUUCAAGCGCAAAGGUCUACCUCCCAGAUCAAAGCGGGAACGACCUGGGAUUCUUGAACCUUUCGGCGCCGUAUCAAUACCUCAAGGCCGGUCAGUGGCACGAGAUUUCUUCAACUUGGCAUAGCUCAAUCCCCGUGCUUGCGCGCAUCGGAUCUGCUAUCCCUACAGGAAAAUCUAAGCCGACUACAUGUCUCGUCGAGGAAGAUCCGGAAUUCCCAGGUAUGGAAAAGGAUGAUUACCGAGCGGUCGAGAUAUUCCCUCCGCCACUAGCUCAAUACCCUCACUGGCCUAAAGGUAAUGAGCUUUCAACACCCGUUAACACGUCUGCGGAGACGAAAUGGUUCCACAACACAUGGCUUGAGGACGAUGGUGUAAGUCCCGUGGAAAAGCCAACACUUUGCGAGGUUAAUAUUUCCUACGGCGUAUCAAGCGACGAGAUCCGCGCCAAAGUAGAAUUCCAAAAACACAGCCAAUUCGAGCCGUUAUGGAUUAAGAACGGCGUUACUUUGGUGUUGCCCGUUGGCGAAGAACGUCCUGUUAAAUCGGAAAACAGCGGGGAUUUUCAGGACUUGGGACGCGACGAGAAAGGUCGGCGGACCUGGAAAAUUGGUAUUGAUGUGAAGGAGUUUGCUCAGCUGGCCCGUGAGAACUUUGAGGUCUUCCAGCGGUAUGGCGACACGGCGCUCGGUCCCGAUCCCAAGCUCCGUGCCAUCGCCGUGUAUUCCUCGCCCUCGGGCCCGACGACCUACAUCGAGAAGGAUUUGAAGCUCGGCCACUUAUCCAAGUUCUUUAGAGAACGACCGAUUAACGGCGACCCUCGCAAGAGUGCAGCAACUACGCCGCCGCCGCCGCCUGCCUCGCUCAAGCUAGUCGUAGUCGAUAGCCGGCUAGAGUCGUGGUCCACCCCCUUUCCUUCGCUGUGGGUGACCAAGGAUGUCUUCCUAGGGCUUGUUGAUGCGAUGCACAUGAGCCCGGCGGCACUAUGGCUCCUGCGCUGCGAGUAUGACGGCUUUCAUUAUUUCCCUUCUUCCUCCGUCGAUUAUGUAGAUUAUGACGAGGAUCUGGGAGAGGAGAGCGCGACGGCAGAUGUCGACACGUACUAUGUCGGAACGUCUAACUUUGUAUUGGUAUGGACGUUUAACCAACGGACCCUACAGACGCACGCCCUAUGGAUCCUACGGCAGCAGCAUAGUUUUAGUAGCAGCGCGCCCGCGGCCUGGUUCGUCAACGUGCUGCGGCGGCACCAGGAACACUUGCGCUCGCCGUUUCUGCUCGCAUACGUAACGGCCCUAAGCGUGUGCUGUAUGUUCGACGGCGAAAUCUCAUAUCGCGCGCACAUGGUACGGCUCACAGAGCGUGAGACGGGCUAUAGCAGGCACUCGAGUGGUAUUGAGGAGCGUCUAGGGAUGGAGUCGAUUACGGUAUAUAUCAAAGACGUUGGCGAGGUGCUAAACCAUAUCGCCAACAACGAGCGGCAUUUCCGCCUCGUAGACGCCGUCCUCGACUUCGUGCUUGAUAAUAAAAGCACACGUCGCCUGGUCGCGGCGAUACCUCUAUUGAGGAGGCGCAUGCAUGCCUCGCAGGAAUAUCUCAAGUAUCUCAAGGAGCGCGCCGAGCGCCUGUCAACGGUGCUCUUCGCACUCCUAACGCACGAAGACUCCACAACGCACGCAGACCUAGCAGACGCGAGCCGGCGGAUCGCGGAGGCGACGCGGCACGACAGCUCGAGCAUGCGAACGGUAGCAAUAAUGACGAUGGCGUUUCUACCCGCGACGUUCUUCGCGGCACUAUUCGCGCUGCCGUCGCUAGACUGGCACGCCGAGUCCGUUGCCGGCGUCGUCCGCAACCCCGGGUUCUGGGUUUACUGGGCGUUUACGCUGCCCUCCACCGCGAUUGUCUUUGGUCUGUGGCUGUUGCUUGAUCGCCGGAAAGGUGGACGUGGUAAGGAUAGGAAUGGUGGAGCGGUGAUAGAGGGCCAGCCUGCCAAUGAUGACGGGAGGCCGCGGAGUGGGGGGAGUAAGGUAGAAUAG